CCUGCCUCCCUGCAUCUGACAGCGUCCCUCCCUCUUUCUCUCUCCUCCACCUCCCUCUCUCAUUACGCCUUUCACCGGCAAAACUCCAACACACACACGCACACACAUACACACAGACACACGCGCCACCUUUCCCUUAAACCGGGAAAUAAACACGGAGCGACGGCAGGAGCAGGACCGAACUCCCCCGGCGCGCACCAUCCAUGUUCCUCCCCUGGAUGUCUGUCUGACAGGAGGGUUGGUGUUACUUUGCUGAAGUGACAGAGGAAGGCCUCGAGUCAGAGGUGAAGAACGCAAACAAGGAGUGCUCCCGGACAGCAGGGGGAAGCAGCAGACAUGCAGGACUCAGCCUCUGACAGUAAAAUAGCGAAACAGGAGCAGAACAAGCACAUGGAUGGACACAGAGAAACCGAUGACAUGUCUGAAAAAACGUCUCCCAACAAGAACCUGAAAUCUCCCCAGAAAGGCUCCAAACGGCUUAAAACAGCCCCCUUUAAAGUGACCCUACUGGAUUCCUCCGAGUUCGAAGGAGAAACUGAGAAACACUCCAAAGGACAGACCCUGAUGGACAUGGUGUGUGAACACCUUAACUUGCUGGAGAAAGACUACUUUGGUCUGACCUUUGCCGACACAGACAGCCAGAAGAAUUGGUUGGACCCCUCCAAGGAGAUCAAGAAGCAGAUGCGCAACUCUCCAUGGCACUUUGCCUUCGCUGUCAAGUUCUACCCUCCUGACCCCUCCCAGCUCAUGGAAGAUAUUACCAGAUACUACCUGUGUCUGCAGCUGAGGGAUGACAUGCUGUCAGGUCGGCUGCCGUGCUCGUUCGUCACUCACGCCCUCCUGGGCUCCUACACCGUUCAGGCCGAGCUGGGAGAUUACGACCAGGAUGACCAUGGCACUGACUACGUCAGCGAUUUCCGCUUUGCUCCCAAUCAGACGCGCGAGCUGGAGGAGAGGGUGAUGGAGCUCCAUCGAAACUACAAGGGGAUGACUCCAGCAGAGGCCGAAAUGAACUUCUUGGAGAACGCAAAGAAAUUGUCCAUGUAUGGAGUCGACCUCCAUCAUGCCAAGGAUUCUGAGGGGAUUGAAAUAAUGCUGGGUGUCUGUGCCAAUGGCCUGCUGAUUUACCGUGACAGGCUGAGGAUCAACCGCUUUGCCUGGCCAAAGAUCCUUAAGAUUUCAUACAAGAGGAGCAACUUCUACAUCAAGAUAAGACCUGGAGAAUAUGAACAGUUUGAAAGUACAAUUGGUUUUAAGCUUCCCAACCACAGAGCUGCCAAGAGGCUGUGGAAGGUCUGCAUCGAGCAUCACACCUUCUUCCGGCUGGUAUCUCCUGAGCCUCCUCCUAAGGGAUUCUUGGUGAUGGGUUCAAAGUUUCGAUACAGCGGAAGGACGCAGGCUCAAACCAGGCAGGCCAGUGCUCUCAUAGACAGGCCUGCUCCUCACUUCGAGCGGUCGACCAGUAAGAGGUAUCUGCUUUCCCGGAGCUUGGAUGGAGAGUUCUCACGGCCGGUAUCAGCCAUGUGCGAGAACCACGACGGCCUUUCCCACCGCAGCAUCAGUGAACACCGACGUCUGCACAGCCCCUCUGGGGACGAGCAGGAAACAGAGCUGGAGCCAAGUUUGGAACAGGACGAAGAGGAGAAGGAGCACGAGCAGGGCCGGGAGGCGGAGCAGGACAAGGACCAUGACGGCAACGUGACUCCAAGCAGAAAAAAAGAGAUCAUGAAGGAGGAGGCCGGGUCACCAAUUGACAGUAAACAGGAGCUCUCUCAGUUGGACCAGGAGACUACUCCUCGGCACAAACAGGAGUUUCUGGAUAAGUCGCAGGACGUCUUGCUGAAGCACCAGGCCAGCAUCAAUGAGCUAAAGAGAGCCUUGAGGGAGCCCAACAGCAAGCUGAUGAACCGCGAGAAGCGUCUGUCCGCGACCUCCCCAACCGGCACACCAGAGAAGAAGGCUUUGGUGGGCCGGGCAAUGGGAAAGGAACCUGUUAACAGCCUGUCUGUUGAGGGUUUCGUCCAGAAGACUCUGGUGACUUCACCCGAGGGCUCAGAGGAGUGGGUAUUGAUUGAAAAACAAGAACCUUAUCAACAAGACCAUGACUGGAAGGCAGAAGAAAAGAACAAAUCUCUCACACCUGAUUCCUCAUGGGAGAAAAAGGGUCUGGAAAAAGAGAUAGAUGUUAGCAAGAUGAUACAUAAGGAGGUAGCAGAGUAUGACAGAAAAGAAAUGAAAAGUCAUAUUGAUGAGUUUCCAUCAACAAAAUCGUCCAGAGAGGCAGAUGUAUGCUCUGAGCCUCGGCGUUUUGUGAUCCAAUUAUCUGAGAAUGCCGACUUGUUUCAAGACAAAUCUCAAAGCAACCCAGCUCGAGCCUCAGACCCUGAGGCGAACAGCGAUGCAGCCCCGGGCUUGCGGCACAUGAAGGAGCGCACAGCUUCUAAACCGAGGAAAAAGAGGAGACCCCAGAGCUUAAACCUGGGAAUGCCCGCAGAGCUCGUCUACAGGAAAGGAGGUAGCGAUUCCACUGAAGACGAAAACGAGGGUUCGGACUCAGACAACAACUCAGAAACAGCACCUAAGAGAGGAAUCCAUUGCGAGUCGCCCCCAGUGGCAACGAUGAAAGAUGAUCAGGGUUUAGAAAAGGAUCAGCCGGUCAGGGUCUAUAAAGACGGCAAACAAGAGGGUAAAUUAGUUGGAGAAAGCAGGGAGGUCUCCACCCAAGGAGCAGAGCAGGUAAAGAAAAAAGUGAGCCUUGUUGGGACAGCAGAUGUCGAUUUAGGCGCAGUGAAUGGACCUGGAAAGAUAGAGCAUGAUGGCUCAUUCUCAGGGUCAAAAGGAGAGUGUGUGCUGAAGAUGCGAGGGAAAGGCUUCAUUGACAACAAAGAGUUAGCAGAGGUUAAACUACGACAGGUCAGGACACAUGAAAGAAAGGUCAGUAGCUCUGGAGGAGAGGAUGUUGAGGGUUUCUUGGGCGACAGAGGUCAGAGGACGUCUCUCCACCGACUGUCAGGCAGCAGCUACCAGUCGGAAAUCACCAGGAUUGUUCCUCUCAAGCCGGAGCGUUCGAAGAGCGUCACGUCCAAGGACGAAAGGGACCGGACGGGACAGGACGAUCCAAGACGGGGGAUCAGAAGAGAAUACCGGUGGUCGGUUGGCUCUCCGGAGGGAUCCUCAGACCUCAGCUGGACCGACGGUUCCACCUUUCAUCCAGCGUUCGCGUCAGAUCUGGAGGGCGUUGCUAAAAUCGAGCAUCCAGACGAUAGCUUUCAGUGUGGUAGAGUGUUCGCGGAGAGCCAGUCAUUCAGCUCAAAGGUUUCAGGGCUUCCCAAAAUGGCCCCUCCAGCGCCGCCGGUGAAAACGCAGAAGGCGAGAGAGUCCGUGCUAAUACUCCGGAACAGCAGAAACGCCAGCAGGGAGCCGAGCCUGGACGCGGCCAAAAAGAGACACUCGGAGCCUGUUUCUACUCCUGCUAUAUAUGAAGAGCCAUUUGCUGACUUCAAGAAGGAGUUCGGGGAGAGGAGGCCUCAGCCGAGCAUAGCCUCGGAGGAGGAGCAGGAACGAGACACCGUGGCGUGCAUGAAGGAAACCCACCUGGGAAUCGAACGCAAGUGUUCCAGCAUGACGGUCAGCUCGACGUCCAGCCUGGAGGCCGAGGUCGACUUCACUGUGAUCACUGACCUCCACUCGGGUCUCGAGGACUUUUCUAAGGGUGUGCCCGAACUGGGAGAGAGGGAGCGACAGCCAGAGGUGGGCCGGGAGGACUUUGAGGAGACCUCCAGGUUCUACUCUGCCCGUCUAAUGGGCUCCCGGGACAAGUCUCCCAUAGAGGAGAGGCUUCCUGAGGAGGGAAUGCAUCAUGAGCCUCCCGUGGCAAAGAAAGACCCCAACGCGGUGAGCGUGGCCCACAAGCUGAAAAGAGCCGACAGCAAGACGGAGACGCACACAAAUGGCUCGGAAGCCCACGCCAACGUCGUUAAUGUCUCUCCAGAGAACUAUGGAGUCGUCAGCCCACAGGAGGCUCCUGCUGCCGUCAAAGAAAAUGGCUCUCCUGUAAAAGCCAGCACCCAGGGGAGAGAGUCCGUUGUGUCCCCGCUGACCAUCACUGCUGAGAGCGUCACCUCAGCAACCACGACGCAAGUUACCAAGACUGUGAAAGGAGGCUACUCAGAGACCAGGAUCGAGAAGAGGAUUAUAAUCACAGGAGAUGAUGAUGUGGACCAACAUCAGGCACUUGCCAUGGCAAUCCAAGAGGCAAAGCAGCAGCAUCCUGACAUGCUGGUGACAAAAGCAGUGGUUAUCAGGGAAACAGAGUCGCCCACUGAGGAGCUACAACAGAAAGCAGAGUCCUGAUUGAACAUGGUGGCUCCUGAGACGGGGGACAGGAGAGGAUCCUCCAGCUGUGUGUCUCCUGCCCCACCCUGCAGUAUGCCACCAACCCGAUAAGAGGACUUUCUACCCCACUGUGUACACACCAACACGACAACAGACUGCGUUCCACGAAGCAGUAGACCUCCACUCCUUUCCCUUUAGACGUACCAACUGUGACUCGGCCUCUGAUCCGACCCGGCCUCCCAUCCCGUCCCGGCCGAUCCCAGCCCUCCACCCUCCAGUGGAAAGACGAAAAAUCUUCGAUUGGAAGAUUUCACACAUUUCUUCCAUAUUAUUUAAUGUAACAUGUUUUGGCUCGUUUGAACCAGUGAGGUGUCACCUCUCACAGUUUGUGUUUAAGGGUCACACGUCUACCCCGUGCUGCUGUUAUUAUUAGAGAAAAGGAGGGGUGGGAGAAAGUAUGGGGACAAUGCUGGUAGUAUGGGUAGGGAUGGGAAGGUGCCAAAGUGGCAAGAGCCAGCCUUUUUUGCUUGUUGGCCAUCUCCUAGCCAUGCCACCUUCGGUAUAAUCAACUGCUGUCUUAUUAGCUUUUUACAUUUUUAUCUAUAGAGGAUCUAAUUUAUGUUCAGUGUUUGCUUGUUUAUGAAAUAUGUAUAAUAUCAGAAGAUUAUAAUCUGCAUGAUUCAAUUAAAAAUAGCAGAGGGAAUGAAAACAAAACAAAAAACCACACAUGAACAUGUCCGCCUUUGCAACCCUGGAGAAGUGGGAAUGAGGACCGUUGAGAAAGUGUAAAAUACACGAGGCCAAUGAAUGGUGGACGGACUGUACUGACUGUUCAGAGGACAGCUGGAACUGGUCCCAGUCAUCAACACACAAGCGUCACUGUCCUUGUCCAGCUUCACUGUUAUUGUUUUGCUGUCGGCUCACCACCAACACAAAGAGAUGCUGGUCACAGUUUUAGGGUUUUCAGAGGAAAUUUUAAAUAUAAAUAAUAUUCUAUUUGUGAUAUAUAUUUACUUCUUUUUUUCUUACUUGCUUUACUGACUUCAAUUGGGAGUUUGUUUGACACUCUUGUGUUUUUGGACAUUUCAGCCUUUAUGUGUGAACAUGCUGUAAAUUCUCCCUGACAGAGCUGUAAUCAGCUGGCUCAAAACUAAGAGCUUGUUUUCCAGAUUGUAAAGUUGAGCUGCAAAAUGUCAAUGUUGACAUCACAGCCACCAGCUGUGAUUUACUAAUGUUGGCCACGUUUAAAGACCAUAACAAGCCCAAACUACAAAACUAUGAAAUCAACGUUAGUAAUAACCGUGUAUUAGCGGUAGCUGGGAUAUUUAAAAAAUAUUAAUAUAGCGUUAGCAAUGCACAUAUUAUAACAGCAUAAAUAUUCAUGUAAUUGCUCUUUUUUGUGUAUUUGUACAGUUAUAAUUAGACUUUCGUCAUCUCUGUACUUUGUACUUUGACUUUAUUUUUUGCAAAAAAAUCACUGCUCUGACUUUAACAGCUAUGGUAAAAUGUAAACAAUAGCAUUAUUGCUAUUAUCUUUAAAUUGACAAAACUUUUUUUACUUAUUGAGAUAAUAUUGCUAUCAAGAUUUUUUUUUUUACCACAAUAAUCAUGAUAUGGCGACAUGACGACAGUCUUAUCAGUCUAGUUUCGCGUUUCGACAUCUGUGAUAAUGAAAAUGUUAGCAUUUAAGCAUCCAGCCAGAUUAGCAUGAAUUAGCAUUCAUUUGUAGCUCUUUUUCUGCCAGGCUAUAAAUUCAAUUCCAAUACUUAAUCGCUGUCAGCACUCUUAUAGUGCUGGUUUGAUUUCUUUUCUUCUUUUUUUCUUCAGGGAUUUUGUUUUGUUGUAAAAUUCUCCACUAUGUUAACUUUGCUAACCUCGACUGCAGGGUCAUGUUUAGACGGUAGCAGCGCGAGGGUUUAUAUUAAAAGCAGCGGAAACCAUGCUGAAACAGUGAGCUGAAAGGGGCUAACAUGCUAAGGAAACUACUGAGUCAGGUUUCUUUUUUGAUUAGCUCAUAAUAUAAAACCACUGAUCAUAGCAGCUCUUUAAAUAGCGACUGGUCCUUGGAUUGUGCGCGCAUGUUUGCAGACACAGCCUGAAGAGUUCAAGACACAAGAUGAACAAGGGUACUUUUUCGGUAUAAUUUUUUUGUUUUGUUUUCAGGUUAACUUUUUGAAGUUAUGGUUUAUGAGUCUGUAUUUAUAGGAGUGGUCAAAGUGAGCUCCUCCCUGUUUCGCAUCACAGACAAAGCGUAUAGUAUGUCAUGCGUUAAGUGGCCUCCACCCACACAGCGUGCUGGUUGUCUCAUAUUGUAUAUCCGUAGAUUCUGGGUGACCUUUAAUACUAUACUAUGCAUCAGCUGUCAAACAUACAAAUCCCUCUAACGGAGCCCGACCCAUGUUAGCCUGUAUCCCUGCUGUCACUGUUAACUUUUCGUGCUACUGUUACCUGAAGCAGUGACUCGCACUGCUUGUGAGAUUUGCAAUAAGCAGACAUUCUUCUUAUCCUGUGUCCUCUAAAGGGAGAAAACUGUGAACUGUCGUGUGUAUCAAAGCGUAACCAAAACCAACAACACGGAGUUGUAAAAUGACAUUCGAAGGAAUAUUUCCAACACCUGUGACCAUGGCUUUGUUGCCCUUUUCAUCUAAUCCUCCCAUUGCCCUGAUUUGAACCCGUUGACCUGCUGUUGGUGGUGUUUGUGGAAAACAGGAGAAAACUGAUGAUUUGUAUAUUCUGUUUUGCUCUGUUUUAUUUUACCUGGUCAUAUGACACUGGACUGUUGAGAAGGCUCUUGCUUGCAAUGAUUUGCAGCACAUGUACUGUAACCUGCUGGGGGAAAAAAGCCUGUCUUUGCUGUAGGUUUGGACACACUACUGAUGGAAAAGAAACAACUGUAGGCAUCGGGAGAGAAGCUGUGUAACGAGGUGGCGAGUUGGAGGAUGGAGGACCUGUAUUUAUAUAUAAAUAUCAGUACUUCUGUGUAUUAGGCUGUACACUUUGUAGAAACUGACAGGAGCAGAGAUGUGUUUUUAGGUGAGGGACGAGGCAGUAAGUAGAACCCGAAGGACAUCGGUGCAAUAGAAAUGUCACGCGAAUGGGUGCCUUAUGUUAAGAGCCGCGGGAGCAAUUAUCAGUGCGCGCCUGAAAGUGCUCUUAAUCACCACGAGGCAGAUGGAGGAACGACCUCUCCUCUCCACCCAAGGUGAAGAGGAGCUGUCUCGAAAGCGAAUUACUGUCUUGUAAAGAAUAUGACUUUGAAGGCAGCGAGAAAAGGAGUCUCUCUGAAUCUGAAAUGUUGGUCCUCAAUGUGAUGACAAAUGUUUUUGGCCCCAUUAACUUUAGAAAACCAGCACAGUAUGGAUCACGGAUGUGAGGUUUUUUUUUCCCUCUGUGAAGACCAUCAAACUGCUCUGCUGUAAAGCCUCCACCUCCAAGUCUCCACUGCCUUUUGCUCUACAUCCCCCUAGUGCUUGGUGGUGUGUAUUUGCUGUAUUUGCAUUCAGUCUAAAUGGAAAAAAAACAUACAUGCAUAAAUAAAUGUCUCAGUAUGAUUCAAAAA